AUGAAGAUUGAAGUGGCCACUCCGAACUCGUACGCCGGUUAUUCCUUCGCGAGCCAUGGCGGAGCCCGACAUUUCACCUCAACGCCGGUCCUCUCCCAGGCAUCUUCGGCCUCAAGCAGAAGCCAAAAAGCGCGAUCGCUUCGACACAAGGUGCAGAAGCGUCACUCAUCCUCCUCGAAUACACCCACCGACUUGACUUCAUUCCCGUCACUCUCUCCGCCUGAUCACUCUCCCACCUUGACACGGGGGCUGGCGAACACUGUUAUCACGGGUGGCGAUGAAGGUCUGGAAGGCACAGCCGAAAUCUCACGGGGCCGGAAAGCCACACUCGCAAGCUUGACUUCAAGGCCAUCAAAUAGAUCGGGCAGGGGUGCCCUUUUCGCCGAUUCCGUCCCAAUGCGCGAUAUCCCUGGGGCAUUACAUUUGGCGGACGAUGCGCACGUCGAGCGCUUGAUUGCUACCACUGGGGCGGUCAAGAUUGUUCGCCAGUUUGCGCGGGAUUUGGCGCAGCGAGAUGCCGAAAUAUCCUCCCUGCGUCAGCGAGCUGAUGCGAGGGAACGGGAAUUAAAGCGGAUGUUACGAGAAGUUUCAGUUUCAAACCAGGAUAUAGAGCGCCGACUCUAUCAGCUGGAGAAUCCAGGCGACGACCGUUCCUCGGAUGCAGAGGGCAGCACGAAUGGUGACCAUGUCGGUUUGAACGGAUUGAUGUCGCAAGCGAUGAUGGAUACGGUUGGCUCUCAGGCCGAAGCGGAUGCUGGGGAUAGUUCGUCUGAUCUACAGGCUACGAUCCGCGCCGCGCAGCGGUCCGACAAUCAUGAAGCUCGAGCUACUCGCGCGUCAAUUAUCGAUUCCGAAAACAAUCGACGGCCACAAGGCUCCGUUCGUGGGUGGCAGGAAUAUUUCUUUGGAUCUACGAAUACCAGUCGAAAGACAAGCCGUGCGAGCAGCAUCAUCAGUGACAUGCACGAAGCUGAUGGGGAGGAUGCUGUGGAGCGUGUGCGCGUGCCGAGCAAUCCCUCAAUUCGGCGUAAAGCUCUAGACGACCAGCUAUUUCAACCACCUGGUUCGGUAGCGAAUGAGAUUUUGAACCGCAGAGCUCCCAGUGGCUCAACUGCGGCCGAUGAUGCGAGUAUUCACUCGCGAAAGUCAUCGCGCUCGUUUGGAUCAUGGACGAUCAAAUUAUUUGCAGGGAAUUCGCAGUCGAAGGAUGCGAGCGACUCUGAAAGCAAUCGUCAUCGCGCACAAUCAGAUUCUCUUGGUAGAGAUAAAGCAGCCGCGACUGGCUCAUCUGGCACUGGUACUGCAGGAAGAGGCGGAAUGUCUGCGAUCGCGGCCCUGAAAAGGAUCAACAGUAACUCCAGCAUUCCUACCACCUCGGGCGGGCGUAACACUCCCGCUAGCGGCACGGUGAGGAUCAACCCAUUGCGCAAAGUCCCUGUCGGGUCUCCAUCGCAGAGACCCGCAACGGAGAACACCGAUAGGAGUUCCACGACCCUUGGUCCUGUGGAAAUGGACGCGAUUCUGCCGUUGGAGUCGAGACCCCCGUCCUUGACUCCGGUCUAUAACAAUCGUCAGACGGGCGAGUAUUUGACUGAUCGAUUUGGCUUCAUAUAUGAUCAACAGCGAAAACGGCGCCAGAGAGAAGCCAAUUCAGUCAAGGGUCAUCGAUCUCGAUUUAGCAUCGGAGAGACUCUGGGUAAUCAUCGCGCGAGCUCUCCUGAUGCAAAUGAUCCUCCCCAGGCGAGCACGACCACUCAAACGACAGGUGAGAGUACAGGCUCUCCCCCUGCCUCCCCCGACGAUGAUCCUGAAAGCGGAGCAACGAGUUUGCGUCGCUGGCAGGAUUACUUGAGAAUGCCAACCCGGCCGACAGAGCUUUUAUCUCACACUCCCUCCGCCGGCCCCAUCAUCUCCUUGACUACGGGUGUAGAGAAUCGCCCUUCAGGGUCAUCCGUCUCUGUGGACAAGGAAAGUGCUGCGCCUGUAAUCACGAGUGCUCAGCCCUCUGCAUCAACUUCUAUUGUUGUAGCAGACCGCCCUGAAUUUUCUGGCGCGAACACGGAUGAGUCGGGCAUGUCUGCGAUUAGCAGAGCCACUGCUGCCGAGAAUGAGCCGGUCAAGAUUCUCUUGGAGCAACUCACCGAACUCCAUGACUCAUUGCAACGUGACCGAACCAUUCGAUGGAAUGAGUUCCUUCGCAAAGUCCGAGCUGAACGAAGAAAAGAUGGCGAAGCUGCUGCUGCUGCCGCCGCGGCAGCAACGUCAACGGCCACGGACCGAUCAGUGGCGGCCGUGGAUAUGCCGGAGACAUCUCUGGCGGACGGCGAGGUGGUUGGUAUUGCUGGGCUCGGCAACAAGGGCAAGGUUGGUCGGGCAAAAUGGCGAGAAUUCCGGUUGUUGGUCCUCGGUGGCAUACCCGUCGCUUUGCGCGCCAAGGUCUGGUCCGAGUGUAGCGGUGCAUCUGCCAUGCGAAUUCCCGGAUACUAUGAAGAUCUUGUGCGUGGAGUUGGUGGCACAGAGCCGGACUCGUCCAUUGUUUCUCAAAUUGACAUGGACAUCCGCCGUACUUUGACGGACAACGUCUUCUUCCGGAAAGGCCCCGGGGUGGACAAAUUGAAAGAGGUUUUGCUCGCAUACUCGCGUCGCAAUCCCGAGGUCGGGUAUUGUCAAGGCAUGAACCUCAUUGCAGCAUCGCUGCUCUUAAUUCUGCCGACGGCCGAAGACGCAUUCUGGAUUCUCACAUCGAUGAUCGAGGUGAUCCUGCCGCAUCAUUACUAUGACCAUGGCCUUCUCGCGUCGCGCGCAGAUCAGGUCGUGCUUCGGGGGUAUAUCUCGGAACUUUUGCCAAAGUUGUCGGCACACCUGGAAGAACUGGGUAUCGAGCUGGAAGCUCUCACUUUCCAGUGGUUCCUAUCGUUAUUCACCGAUUGUCUCUCCGCGGAAGCCUUGUAUCGCGUUUGGGAUGUGGUCUUGUGUCUAAACGUGACCAGUGCUGUCUCUGCUGGCUCUGCUGCUACUGCACCGAGCUCAUCUUUUACGGGGGCGAAAGAAACCUCGGAUAAGUCUGGGCUGUCCUCCGACGAUCCAGCCUCUGGGAGUGGAGGAGGGAGUACAUUCCUCUUUCAAGUCGCCUUGGCUCUGCUCAAGCUUAAUGAGCCACAGCUCCUGACGACCUGUACAACCCCCGCCGCGCUGUACACAUAUAUCAACCACCAGAUGACCAAUCAUGCCAUUAGUAUUGAUGGACUGAUUCAAGCCAGCGAAGCGCUCAGAAAUGUGGUCCGUCGCGAAGACGUAGUUGCUCGUCGGGCAAUUGCUUUGCAGGAGAUGCAAACCUUUGGCAGCGCGUGA